AUUGCACUUGAUGGAGCACAAUGCCGGUGGAAGCAGAGAAGCUGGAGCUCGAAGAACUGGACAAAACCUUGUUAAACAGAGACAAACCAAAACCUCAGAGCAAAUACGAAAGAAUAUUCCAGCCAUGCAUUGCUGAGCUGGUGGGCACGACAUUUUUUGUCUUCAUUGGCUGUGUGUCUGUUAUUGAAAAUGUGGAAGCAGCUGGAAGACUGCAGCCAGCACUUGUGCACGGGCUGGCAGUGGCUGUGCUGGUGGCGUGUAUGGCGGAAAUCAGCGGAUCCCAUUUCAACCCUCCGUUCACCAUCGCUAUCUGGUUAUGUGGAGGAAUGCAGCUGACGAUGGUUGUCCCGUAUCUUAUCAGUCAGCUUAUCGGAGGUGUACUAGGAGCUGCAAUGUCAAAGGUUAUGACUUCAGAUGAAAACUACGCGAACGCUACUGGAGCUGCAUUUGCUGUUCUGAAAUCAGAUGAGCAGCUGGGGAAGGUGGUGUUUGCUGAAAUGGCCAUGACGUGUCUGGUGACUCUGGUGGUCCUGAUGGGAGCUGUUAACGGAAAAAGCAAAAGCCCAAUGGUGCCCUUCAUGGUGGGCUGCACCGUUAUUGUCAAUAUUCUAGCAGGAGGAGAUGUUUCUGGCACCUGUUUGAACCCUGCGAGAGCUUUUGGACCUGCACUCAUGGCAAACCACUGGACUUAUCACUGGGUUUAUUGGGUCGGUCCGUUGGGAGGUGGUCUGGUGGCUGCCGCUCUUAUGAGGCUUCUGCUUGGAGAUGAAAAGCUACGGGUUGUAAUGAAAUAAAACUGGAGCUUGACAUCAGCAUGUUAAAACCUUUCUACACAUGACAUCAUCAUUAUUUCUAAGUAGAGUGUAGAUAUUUCUAAUAUCUAUUCUGUUUAGUACUGUGGGUUAGCACGCUUAACUUUAAUUAUAAAUGGAGAUUUUUUAAAUGUUUUUUUUUCCAAGCAUAAAAUGAAAUGACAUAAAAUAGUUAUUUUUUUUUCCAGGCUGUUGUUUAUAAUUUACUUGAAAUAAACAUUAUUAGAUAUUUUUAUAUUAACAUUGUGUUAUAACUAUAUCUCUGUUAUCUUUAUUUUAAUUGGCUUAUUUUAAAGUAAUUAUGUAUUAUUGAGUCGUUAUUAUUAAAUAUGUUUUAUUGAA